AUGGAGCUGAUUUCACUUUUCUCAUCAAUGCUUUCCAUUGAAUGGACGUGUGUAUCAGUGUCUCUACAGGGUGAACAUCAGAGAAGACUUUACAAAGAUCUGAUGAGAAACUACAAUCCUCUGGAGCGUCCGGUCUAUAAUGACUCUCACUCGCUCACCGUUAACUUCAGCUUCAGUCUGAUGCAGAUCAUGGAUGUGGAUGAGAAGAAUCAGGUUCUGACCACAAACAUUUGGCUUCAACUGUAUUGGACAGAUUAUUAUCUGCAGUGGAACACGAGCGAUUACCCUGGAGUUACCACGGUAAGAUUCCCGGACUCUCUCAUCUGGAGGCCAGACAUCCUUCUGUACAACAGCGCCGAUGAGAGGUUUGAUGCCACCUUCCACACCAACGUGCUGGUCAACUCAUCCGGGCACUGCCAGUACCUGCCGCCAGGAAUCUUUAAGAGCACAUGUUACAUCGACGUGCGCUGGUUCCCGUUCGACGUUCAGCGGUGUGAUCUGAAGUUUGGCUCUUGGACGUACGGUGGAUGGUCUCUGGACCUGCAGAUGAUGGAGGCAGAUAUCACUGGAUAUAUCGCUAAUGGAGAAUGGGAUCUGGUUGAGGUUCCAGGCAGAAGGAAUGAGAGGUUCUAUGACUGCUGUAAAGAACCGUACCCUGAUGUCACCUUCACUCUGGUCAUGAGGAGGAGAACGCUGUAUUAUGGGCUCAAUCUUCUCAUUCCAUGCGUUCUCAUCUCAACUCUCGCCCUGCUCGUGUUCCUGCUGCCUGCUGACUCUGGAGAGAAGAUCUCACUGGGAAUCACUGUGUUGCUGUCUCUCACCGUUUUCAUGCUGCUGGUGGCAGAGAUCAUGCCCGCCACAUCCGAUUCUGUACCGCUGAUUGCACAAUAUUUCGCGACCACUAUGGUGAUCGUGGGUCUGUCAGUUAUCGCCACAGUUCUGGUGUUACAGUACCAUUAUCAUGACCCGGAUGGAGGAAAGAUGCCAAAAUGGACCCGAGUUCUUCUUCUAAACUGGUGCGCGUGGUUUCUCCGCAUGAGACGUCCUGGUGAGGAACGGAUCCGUCUCGCCUGUCACAACAGGCCUCGGCAUGGGAGCGUGUCCAGCGUGGAGCUCUCCGUCAGCCAGGGGGCGCUGCAGCCCACCAGCGGAAACAUGUUUUACAUCGGCUUCAGAGGUAUGGAGGGCGUCCACUACGCCUCCUCACACAACUCGGGCGUGCUCUGCAGCCAUCUCAUGGGUUCCAGCGAGGAUGUGCUGUUGCCAGGGGCGACGGUGUCAUCACUAGGGGGCGGGUCUGGGGGCAGGGGUCUGGAACCGGAACUGGCAAAGAUUUUAGAAGAAGUGCGGUACAUCGCCAGAAGGUUUCGCAGUCAGGAUGAAAACGAGAGUUUGUGUAACGAAUGGAAGUUCGCGGCGGCAGUGAUCGAUAGAUUGUGUUUGAUGGCCUUCUCCAUUUUUACAAUCCUCUGCACUAUUGGGAUACUGAUGUCAGCACCCAACUUUGUGGAAGCCAUCUCCAAAGAUUUCUUCACCUGAUGUGACUUAAGAUUCUUAUAAAUGUUGUUAA